CAUUUGGAUGGGAUAAUGAGUCACCUAGAAGAGAAAUCAAUGUUGAAUCCUUUAAAAUUCAUUCAAGACCAGUGACUAAUGGAGAAUAUCUUGUGUUUAUGAGAGAAACAGUUAACAAAGAAUACUCAGGAUCAUGGAUUCCAAUUGAUCCACAAUUAUUUGAAUAUAAAGUUGGAGCAGUUAAAAUGAAUGUAGCACUGAAUUUGCCGGUUAUGCUAAGUCAAGAACAAGCAUUCACCAUCAUCACUAAUGGAUUUAUCAAACACGGAUUCAAAAAUUGGUGUCCAGCUGAUGUGCCAAGCAAUAGUGAUCCAAUUCAAGCAUUAGGAUCUGGAUGGGAAUGGAGAUCAAGUGAAUUUGAUAAAUAUCCAGGGUUUAAAUAA